CGGACAGUAUCGAUAUGGAUUCGUUAGCAUUACACAUACUUUUUAUUCUAUUAAAGUUAUGCUGUGUAGAAGCCAGUUUAAAAGCUGAACAAAACUGUGCAAAGAUGACUAGGUGGCCUUUUUAUAACCCCGACCAUAUCGUAGGGAAAUGGCGAGUGUAUUAUACUUGGGGUUCAUAUAAAAAACCGUGUUUAGACGUAGUGAUUAAGCCAAUGACUCAAAUGAAAAAAAAUCAAUUAACCGGUACCUUUAAACGUAUUUUUGUGGAUGAACAUACUUGGACCGACUCUGAACUGAUGGUAUCCAUCGGGAGAUCUGAAGAACUGAUCCUGUUCAACGACGGAGAAGUGCCAGGGAGAUACCGCGCCCUGGUGAAUGCUCACCGCCUUACCCCCGCCGAUAAGGAUAUAACAAUGGCGAAUUACGCUGUGAAGGCAUUUAAAUUCUUCAAGUACCUGAUUUUGUUGAACUGUGACCAGUUCAGUGGGUUUUUGAUGGGCAAAUUCAAUGACAAGUCGGUCUCAGCCAAGGAGAUCAUCAGUCUAGUUGACGACGUGCUGCCGGGAGAACAUGGCCACUUUUCUUGUAUACCGCAUAUGGAUGGAAGAAGACCAAGAAGUGAAAUCAUAGGCGACUCAGCUUUGAAGAGCGUUGCAAAUCUUUAUGAAGAAUAAGUUAUUUUAUUAUAAAGAAUCGUGUGUAGUUUGUGAUACAUUAUCGCGUCUUUAUCCCUUACGUCGUUAACGGAGUCACAAGUUGAAAAACUCGAAGACCACGUUUAGCUGUAUGGUGGGCUUACUGGUGUAAUUCAGAUUAUAUAGAGAUAGAUUGCUAGCUAUCUCUUAUGAGAAGAAUCUCAAGGCCUUUACCAUUGCUUUACUUUUACUAAUCUGCACAAGAAGAGAAGCAUCUGGCACAUAAUUGUCUACCACAUACAUUUUGUCAAUGGCAAUACGAUUAAGUUUUGGCAAAUAUUUGUGUUAACCCCACAUAUGCGGUCAGACAAUACAUGCGCGUUUUGUGUUAGUUUUAACACACUCUAUCUAUAAGUAAGAAAAUAGUAACACCAGGUAUUUGGUAAUAAAUACAUUUUAUAAA